AUGGAAACGGCUCUCGCGCUCGCCGGCGUCGGCGGCGUCGCCUACUGGGCGUCGCGCAAGCGGCGGCGCGGCGACGACGUCGACGACGCCUCGCUGGCGGCGAGCAAGCGCGUCGUCGCCCGGCUGCUCUGCGACGGCCACGGCAUCGCCGACGUCGAGGCCUGCACGGCGAAGCUCGCGGCCCUCAUCGCCGGCGGCGCCGGCAAGCUCACCGUCGUCGCCGACUUCGACCGCACGUUGACGACCGCGGACAGCGCGUCGGCGCACGGCGUCCUCGCGAAAGCGUUGCCCGACGCGUUCCAGAAGACGGAGAAGGAACUCUUCGCCCACUACUACCCCAUCGAGAAGGACCUGGACAUGCCGCUGGAGAAGAAAAUUCCGCUCAUGACGGAGUGGUACGGGAAAAACCACGCGGCGAUGGCGAAGUACGAGCUGACGCGGGCGAAGAUGGCCGACGCCGUGCUCGAAGCGGCCGGCCACGACUUCGAGCUGCGGGAGGGCGCCAUCGCGGCGCUGGAUCUGUUGGAGACGGCCGGCGUGAAGCUGCAGGUGUUUUCCGCGGGCGUCGGCGACGUCAUCGACGUCGCGCUCGAGGAGAUGUACGGCACGCUCGCGGAAACGACGACCGUCGUCUCGAACCGCAUGAUCUGGAAGGACGGCGUCCACGCCGGCUUCACGGAGCCGCUGAUCCACAUGUACAACAAAUCGCAGAAAUCCGUCGGCGCCGCGCUCGAGAACGCCGUCCUCGUCGGCGACUCGCUCGGCGACAGCACGAUGGCUGACGGCGCGCCGGCGGGGCCGGCCGUCGCGCUGAAGAUCGGCUACCUGAACGCGCCGAGCCCGAGCGCCGACGCGCGGGCCAAGUACGCGCGCGCCUUCGACGUCGUCGUGCGCAACGACGACGACGCGACCAUGGGCGCGCUCCGCGCCGUCUGCGGCGCGAUCGUCGCGCCGGCGGCCUCCUCGCAGAAGCGCGCGAAGUAG